AAGAAAAAUAAGAUGACCAUAAAUAGGCAAGAAUAAAUUGGAAUAGAUUAGGAAUGAAUAAUAAAAACAUAAUAAGCGCAUGUUAGUCUUCAGUUGUCUUCCCAUCCUCCUCUCUUUCGGCCUUUUCCAGUGGUAGCGACAUGGUUGAGACGGGGAAGACAGCGGCUCCAGCCCCGGCCAAGAGGCUGCGGGUGAGGAAGAAGAAGCCAGCGGACCCUGCUCUGCGUAAGGUUGCCAAGCCCAAGACUGUUGCCCCGGCCAAGUCAGCAGAGGCAAAGAAGACCAAGAGGACGAGGCGCCCACCCAAACCCACCAGGGCUGAAAUCGCCAAGGCCAGAGUUGCCAAGGCUGCUGCUAAGGCUGAGAAGGCCAAGGCAGCUAAGGCAGCCAAACCAGCCAAGCCUGCUGAAGCUAAGAAGCCAGCCCCUGCUAAGGCUGGGGCCUCCAAGAAGCUGCCGGCCGUGCCCGAGAUCCUCCUGAAGCGCAGGAAGAGGAGGGUUGCCACCAAGAAACACAAGAUUGCUGCCAUCAUUCAGGCCAAGAAGGCUCUGAGGACCAAGCGCAUGACCAUCUUCCGCCGUGCCGAGAAGUACAUCAAGGAGUACCGCAAGGUGGAGAAACAGGAGGUUGACCUCAUCAGGGAGGCCAAGAAGGAGGGCUCCGUGAUCGUGCCAGCUGAGGCUAAGCUGGCCUUCGUCAUCAGGAUCAGGGGUGUGAACCAGAUCCACCCCAAGGUGCGCAAGGUGCUGCAGCUGUUCCGCCUGCUGCAGAUCAACAAUGGCGUCUUUGUCAAGCUGAACAAGGCCACAAUCAACAUGCUGCGUAUUGCUGAGCCAUUCAUUGCCUGGGGCUAUCCUAAUCUGAAGACUGUGAAGCAGCUGGUGUACAAACGAGGCUUUGGCAAGAUUGAGCACCGCCGCAUCCCACUCACCAACAAUGAAAUGAUUGAAAAGAAACUGAAGUCCAAGGGCAUCAUCUGUGUUGAGGAUCUUGUCCAUGAAAUCUACACUGUGGGCGACAACUUCCAGGCCGCCACCAACUACCUGUGGCCCUUCAAGCUCAACAACCCAACUGGUGGAUGGAGGAAGAAGACCACUCACUUUGUGGAGGGUGGUGACUUUGGCAACAGGGAGGACCAGAUCAACAGUCUGUUGGCCAGAAUGAUCUAAAUGAAAUACACUAAGAGGAAGGA